AUGGACCCCGGAAGCUCAAUGAUUAUCAAGAGAGAUUGCAAAAAAAGAAGAAUAUCUCAUGUCACUGAGAUCAUAAACCUUCCGAAGGAUAUUAUGUUGGAAAUUCUUUCGAGAUUAUCAAUAAAGUCCAUUUUUUGUUGUAAGACGGUUUGUAAAUCAUGGUAUAGUCUUAUAACUUACGAACCAUUAUUUGUUGACAUGUAUCACAAAAGAUCAUCAUCUAAUUUUCCCAGCCUUUUGGUUUCGAUUAAUGAUACUAACCAUUUUUUUGUGGAACUCAAAGCUAUUGAUUCUCAACCCCUAGAGAAAACCAUUGCGUUGAACCCUAAGUUUCAUCUCCCUUCAUCGGACAUGAGAUUAAUUGGUUCGUGUAAUGGGUUCGUUUGUUUUUUGAAAGGUGGGUAUGACAUGGUCCAUACGCUUUACAUUAGCAAUCCUCUUUUGGGUGAGUAUUACAAGGUUAAAAUGCAUAAACGGGAAAAAAUAUAUUCUAGUGCUUAUGCAUUCUGCUUUAGUGAAGCCUCUAGACAGUAUAAAGUAUUGAGAUCAGCAUUUGAACACCCAAAAGUAUCAGAAUUGGAGGUUUAUACUGUUGGAGUAGAUAAAAAAUGGAGAUAUGUGGGUAAGGCUCCGAAACCUCUAUGGAAGUCAUUUAGUAAUGCCAACGUCAAUGGUAUUGUUCAUUGGAUGGAUCCGGAAAAAAAUGACACAAUUUACUCGUUCAACAGUUGGACAGAAGAGGUGAAGUCCCUGUUAGCUCCGCGUGGUCUGAUAACUCCAUCCUAUAAAUUGACGCUAGUAGAGUUGAGGAAUUGUCUAUGUUUGUGUGAUAGUAACGAUAGUGAGUAUAUUGAUAUAUGGUGGAUGAAAGAGUAUGGAAUAACUGAAUCUUGGACUAAAACUCACAUUUUGAAGGAUACUAUUCAACCAGAUUUUCGUAGUGAUAGAUUUAUACCAAUCUUAACUUGGAAAGAUGGAGAAAUAUUGAUGCAACGCGAUGGUGGCAUGCAAGUAGUUUCUUACAACCCAAAAGAAGAGAAGUUUACCAAAAUUAGAGUGUACUUUGGAUAUGAGGCGACUAGGUAUAUCCCAAGUUUUUACUCAGUCAAGACUAUCGUUGAGGAAAGUUCUCAAGUCUCAUACAUUCAUCCGAAGAUUGACAUAGUUUAG